GACGAUUUUUCAUCCACCAGAUCAUUAUUACACACAUCACAACCGUCAAUCGCUCUCUCUCCCUCCUUCCCUCCUUCUCUGACUCCUCCCUUCUCCCCUCCCCUGCAUAUCGAGAAGAUCACGAAAAGCGAGAAAUAACAUAGCGAAUAAAACAAAACAAAUCCAAUUAAGGCAACAAGAAAAAAAAAAAAAAAAUCUAGGGUUCCAAAUUCUCUCUCCUCUUCGAAUUUCUUUCCCUCCUCCAAACAUCUUUCCUUCUCGGUGUUUUCCCUCUUGUUUUCUUUUGUUUCCUAAGAAAGCGGGGGAAAAUCUCUCCAGGCGUUUGUUUGUUUGUUUGGCUGUUUUGCUGGUACGUCUUCACCGGAUCCAUUAUGUAAGAAAGAUAUUUUCCCGGUAAAAACAAUUCACCCUCCAUUUUCAGCUCUUGACGACGACGAAUUCCUCUGCUUUGGUUCUUCAAGCCGUUUAAAGGAGUAUUGCAUGUGAGUUUGAUGGUCGAGAGGAACAAAAGCGGGCGGUUGGGGUGAAGAAGAGGAGGAAUAGCUACGGAGGAUUUAUAUUCGAUAGGGAGGAUUUGAGACCUCAAAAAUAAGAUUUUUUUCUAUCUUUUAGUUUCUUGAUAUAUUGUAAUAUUCCGAUCGAUUGUUGCGAUUUUAUUUGGAAUUUAUUUGAGGUUGAAUGCGAAUUGGUUUAUGGAUUUGGAAGCAUCUUCUUCGAGAGAUUUGGUCAAAUGCUGUAAUUGUGGGUGUAGCUGCUCGUUGAUCAGUAGUUCUUCACGGGAUUGGCUUCGGUCUGUAAAGCGAAAGCGUGAUGAGUUUGAGGAUGGUGACAGAUUCUCCAUUCCAGGCUUCGAUUUCUUUUCAAAUGCACGGGUUCAAAUUGAGAACGAAUGUGCUCUGCUCCGUGAGAUGGUUAGUAGCCAACAAGAAACAAUUCAGGAUUUGCAUACGGAAUUGGAGGAAGAGAGGAAUGCGUCCUCAUCAGCUGCAAAUGAGGCAAUGUCAAUGAUAUUGAGGUUGCAAAGGGAGAAGGCAGAGAUCCAAAUGGAGGCCCGACAAUUCAAGCGUUUUGCUGAGGAGAAAAUGGCACAUGACCUGCAGGAGCUUGUGGCAAUGGAAGAUUUGUUGUAUAAGAGAGAGCAGGCCAUUCAGUCGUUUACUUGUGAAGUGCAGGCUUAUAAGCAUAGGCUGAUGAGUUAUGGGCUCACGGAGGAUGAGGUGGAGAGGGAGAGGGGUGGGCAUAGCCAUAAUCCAAGCAUGGUGGAGUUUGAUGCCCAAAUUGAACUCCCCAUGUAUGAAUACCCACCUUUGAAAUGCAACCUAAACGAGACCCAAGCUCCUUUGGAGGAAGAUAAUGAUGUUGAAGAUGUCGACAAAUAUGCAUUUGGUGAGACCCCUCGCGCUAAAGACCAGUUGAAGAAUUUGGAAAAUAGAAUCUACCAGAUGGAGAGAAGUCCCAGCAACAGUCGGCUGGAUGGGGAUUCCUCUGGUUCGAAGAGCAUUCUAGAAAAGGUGGUAGUUGGUUACUCUCCUAGGCUGUCAAGACACUCCAGGAAAUUUUCCAAUGAUUUUUCGGCAGAAUAUCUAAGGCCCAUUAGCAGUUUCAAUAAAUCAGAGGAUGUCUCACAGAUAGAGGAUUGCUCUAAUUUGAGAAAGUUAGAUAAUGCAUCUGAAAUUGCAGAUGACAACAUGAGUGACAGAGUUUAUACCAUUGACUCUAUCCAUAAUGGAGCACCAAAUAAUGGUUUUACUGAUCCCAAAGCUGGAGUUGAGUUUUCUGAAGAUUAUGUAACCACUCCAAUGUCCUUGAAUCCGGCUGAUUGUGCUGAUCCUGAUAUUAAGAAGCUCUACAUGAGGCUUCAGGCACUUGAGGCAGACAGAGAAUCAAUGAGGCAGGCAAUUAUUUCUAUGCGUACCGACAAAGCUCAAGUGGUACUACUGAAAGAAAUAGCUCAACAUUUGUGCAAGGAAAUGUCACCAGAAAGACGAAUGACUGCGAAGAAGCCAUCUCUUCUUGGAAGCUUUUCAUUCUUAUCAGUUUUUAAGUGGAUCGUGUCAUUCGUUUUCUGGAAAAAGAGAUCUCGUCGAAGCAAGUACAUGGGUAGGCUGUCAAGCAGCAGUGUAGGAUUGCUAAUGCUCUUGGACAAGGCCCCCCGUGUAAGGCCAUGGAGAUGUCUUACAAGCACGCAAGUAUAAAAUCACGUUCCUCAACUUUUGAAUCCAAUGGGUGUCUAUCCUUAUGUUUGUGAUGCAUUUGAUCGUGACUACUAUGCUUAGAUUUUGCAUUCUUUUUCUCUGGAUUCUUGGUUGCUGCGAGAUUGGUUGAAUUAUGAGGUAUUCUUUUGUUACAUUUCUUGUGAUUGGCUGUAUUUUACUGGUUGAAUGGUGAAACAUAGAUUUUUGGUGUAGGCGUGCUUGCUCAAGUAUAGUUGGAAUUAAGCUCUAAGACUGUCAUUUGGCAGCCCCCUCCUGUAUAUUGCAUCCUCCCGUAUGAUUUACCAUCCAAGAUAUGCGGUGUAUUCUUUUAGCAUUCAAGCACGUUAUUUUGCGUUGAGGCAUAUUACAUUGUAAGGCUAUUUUUUUUAUCUGAUUUGUUGAGACUUCUUCUACAGAAGAUAUGAUGUAGAUAUGUUAGAUUUCUUAUUUUUUUCACGAAAGAGAAAAAGAAGAGGGAGUUGUCU